CAAAUCACUCGACUCUGUUUCAACUGCGCUUUGGCAACAUUGGUUUAAUUUGCUUCUUGUUGACAGGGGAAAUGUUGGCGAGGACUUUUUUCCUGCUCUCUUUUCUGGCUGUUUCGGCUGCACAGCUCUGCAAACCGAAUUCUCAACAUGGCCACAAAGUCCGACUCAGCAUCAAAACUGCACUGGGAGAGCAAGCUUAUGAGUGGAAUGAAAAUGAAAAGUUCCUGUUCCAGUCAACGUUGGCUUUCGCCAUGAGGAAUCACAUGGAAGGCCACGAUUUCAACGUGUCAAACAUCGUUAUAUGCAACGAGACGCUCCGAGUUUCCUUCUGGUUUGUGGUGACUUCACCGGUGAACACGGAUGUACUCAUCACCAAGGGAGACGUGGAAGAGGCUGUGAGGAAGUCAAGGAAUCGCAUCAACAGUGCUUUCCUGCUAUCUGAUGAAACUCUGGAGUUUGUCGGCAUCUAUCCCACCCUGGCAGCCCCCGUGGCCCCCGCGACCCCUCCAUGGCUCAUUGUGUUCGGGGUGGUGAUGAGCUUGGUCUGCGUUAGCCUCAUCGCUCUGCUUGUGUCCUCUUUGGUUCAACGGAAAUGCAAGAAGAUGGACCCAACAGAAGACGAUGAUGAUGACGAUGACGAUGAAGAGGCACCGGUGAAGACGGUUGAAAGUGGCUCUGCAAACCAUGGUGUUUACAACAUGUCAUUCUCAGAUGAUGACCGAUUCACGCAGAUGUAAAACCGGUUUUAGAAAAGCUCUUCCAUCUAAACACUAAGAUGUAAAACAUGUCCAAGGGUUCUGUGUGGAGUGUUGUUGCGCUGUAAUAUUUGUGGGUAUAGCCUACUGUAAUGUUAAAUCAGUAUUUAAGUAGUAGAUUUGAAUAAUUUUCAUGAUUUUAUUUUCUAUCUGCUGUGCAUUUGUAUAACGUCAAUCACGCUGCCUGACAAAGAAGCUCAAGGUUGCAAUUUUUAUUAGCCAUAUUUUCCUCUCUCAAUUUAAUGUUGACUGAUUCUGUGUUGAAGUAACGGUCCGUGGGAAAUGAUGUGUGUAAAUGCAUCAGCUAAAGUAUUACGUCUUUGAAAUAAAUACAGUGAAUGAGGGAUUGAAUGAGUCCUGA